GUUUUUCUAAGCUCUAAAAUCUCCUGCGGAGAUUUUAAUACCUCCCACAGUGCAAGUAGCACUUUCCCAGCUUGUACACUCCAUCUCCGAUAAGGCAUUCACGCGGGGCAGCGGGGUAGGUGCUACCUGGUGUUGAUCAACAGGUACCCGGACCUAUCCGAUGUCGAGACUCUUGGGCUUAAUGUGUAAUGUUCUUACCUUCCCUCGGCUCAGUUAAGUGUAGCUGCCACAUCGCCCUCACCCUUCUCUUCGACUCUUCUUCAAAUACAUAACGCUAGAUAUUCCACGGGGCUACUCUAACGUUAACAAUGAAGCUGAAAGGAACUCGAGAGGCUAGCCAUGCUGACAGCUGGUACGAUGGGGAUCCCGAUAGCUUGUCCGGCCAGCUCGACGAGUUCCUGAGUCGCGUGCCGGACUCCAUCGACGGGAACGGGCUCCCGAUCCCCGGUGCCAAGGUCGUGAUCGCGCCGCACGCAGGCUAUUCAUACUCGGGGCCGUGUGCGGCCUGGGCGUAUAAGUCUCUCGACCUAAGCAAAGCCAAGCGGGUCUUCGUCCUUGGUCCCUCACACACGUACUACCUCCGCGGAUGUGCCCUGACCAAGUUCGCAAAGUACGAUACGCCAUUCGGCGAGCUGACCGUCGACGAAGAGGUCGUCCAGAAGCUGCGCGACACGGGCAAGUUCCAAGACAUACCGAGCAGAGGAGACGUCGACGAGCACUCGCUGGAGAUGCACCUUCCAUAUAUCUACAAGCGCAUGUCGCAGACCUUCGAGUCCGAGGCACAGUAUCCCACCAUCGUGCCUAUCCUCAUCGGGGACAACAACGGAGCGGAAGAGAAAGAGUUUGGUAAGCUGCUGGCGCCGUACCUGAAGGACCCGGACAAUGCGUGGGUCGUGAGUUCCGACUUCUGCCAUUGGGGCUCGCGGUUUAGCUAUACGGCUUAUGCGCCGGAGGGCAAGGUCGACGAGAUACAAUCUCUCAGCCGGAGAGUGCCUAAGCCGACGAACCCGCCUAUACACGAGAGUAUCAAGCAGGUCGAUCACUUGGCCAUGGAUGCUGUUGAGUCGGGUGACCACAGCAAGUUUGUGGACAACCUCAGACAUACUAAGAAUACGGUCUGUGGACGACACCCUAUCGGCGUUACCAUGGCUGCCUUAGAGGAGCUGGCGAAGGAGAAGCCGGAAACCGGCAAGUAUCGCUUCAAGUUCGUGCAGUAUGAUCGGAGUAGUCUCGUUGAAGACGUCACCGACUCAAGCGUGAGUUAUGCGUCUGCCUAUGCGAUCGUCUGAAGGAAGGGAUAGAGGAUGAAUAGGUGGCUGAAGGAGAAUUAGUGAUAGAUGAGCUCACGCUCCAUUUGCUAGACAGACAUGCGAAUGUCCAUGUGAAUUCAUGAGGACAUUCAAUUCACGCCAUUUUUCUUCCUUACCUACCUACCUAGGUAUACAUGAGGCUCACUCGAUUUGCCGUCUCAUCCGAUGCAAUCAUUGUAAAAAGAGAAGCCUAGAGGGGUAUAGUACACCUCAUCAAGGGUCCCGGUUUAGGAGCGUUUUCACUCGUAUUGCUUGUAUAACAUCGAAAUAGUGUUGCCUAUAGCCUCAUAUUAGCAGCAUGUGGUCUCUUUGAUCUGCUUUGUAUGUAUACUUAGUACUCGAAAAAGACCUACAGCAUACCUACCGUACUCGCUAGGCUUGAAUACGUGAUAUAUGACGAAUUGUGUAACAGCGAAGAUAAUAUCCGUAAAUAUUGACGAAUCAGAAUUCCUGGAAUGCGAACCACAUACGAGACUCGGUUCGACCGCUCGAAUACUACUUGUUGAUCAUAGCUAGAUUCGAGGAUAAGAACUACUCGACGGCGUGGCUUGUGGCGGCUUCCUAUAAUU